CGCGAAGCUCCUCACCACAUUUUGUCUGUCAGCGGUGGAGGAGCUGUCCACCGACGCGGUGCUGAAGUGCGUCCCGACACAGCGCUGCGUUGUAGCCUUUAUCAAGUGUCUCCCAAAAUUAAAGGAUGCACUGGUCAAUGAACACGCUUCCCUUGACUCCGUAUAUGGAGCUGGGUGUACACUCACUGAGCGGCCUUCUGUGGACUCUACUGCUUUUGUUUCUUUGGCACUGUUAUCGGAUGGGCUCCGAUCUGCCAAUCCCAGGCCAUGCGCAUGCUGGAAAGCUCAAGUCAAGCUCAAGGAGGUCCAUGAUGUCCCGUAGCGGUAGCUGUAUUGGAACAAAGUGCAGUGCACGAUCCAAGCUGUCCAGGAGUGAUCAAAUUAGUCCCUUUAUUUCCAUGGAAACAGUGGAAGACGAUGAGCAGGGACGGGGCUACCUCACCCCAGUGCUGAGUCAUGCCUUGUUCCCUGCCCAGGCAUCUGCAGAAGCCAAGAAGUUGUACACAGCCCUGCAGGAGUAUGCCAAACGCUACAGUUGGGUGGGCAUGGGCCGCAUUCAUAAGGGCCUCCGCGAGCAGGUCAGACUGAAUGAUCACUCUGCUAUACAGAAGCCUCAUCUCUUCUUCCUGCCAGAUGUUCCAAGUGUGCCUUUCUUCCCACGUGACGCUCAUCGACAUGACAUUGAAGUCUUGGAAGCCAACUACCCUGCGAUUUUGGCUGAAUUCCAGGCUGUUUACCAGAAGGGCAUUGACUCAAAAUUAGGCUGGACCUGUGUAGGACCAAAGGGCCAAGCUGUGUUUCCUUUGUACAGCGCUGGUGUCUCUGUGGCAGGAAACUGCCGUGCCUGUCCCUGCACCUACCGGACACUUCUGUCUUUACGUACUUUUAUAAACAGCAACUCAUUGGGAUCAGCAGGAUUUUGGCUGCUGGGCCCUGGAGCAACUUUGGGAAGCACAUAUGGACCCACUAAUACACGCCUGCGUUGUCAUCUUGGUCUGCAGACUCCACCCCUGUGCGAGCUGGUGGUGGGAGGGGAGCCUCAGUGCUGGUCAGAAGGACACUGCCUCCUGGUUGAUGACUCCUUCCUUCACACUGUCUCCCACAAGGGCCCUCCAGAUUCUAGACCCAGCGUCAUUUUGAGCGUGGACCUUUGGCAUCCAAAUGUGGCUGCAGCAGAGAGACAAGCCCUGGACUUCAUGUUCAGCCCUGACCUCUAAAAUGUUUUUGUUUAUCUGUGUACUUGUAUACAACACGAAGAGAUGCCUUACAUUAGGCCUGGUUGUCCUGGGACAUGCAUCUCAUUCCAGUAAAUUAACCGCUGUGUGAAUCUGGCCCAAGAAUUACACAAGCCAUUAGCCAUGCUUUCAAGUGCUGUUGGAUUUAGGGUCUACACCGAGAUUUACCACAUGAAAGCAUUACAUUGUUGUUAUAGGCUGGAUGCUAGGCCACAAACUAAGCAUCACUUGAAAGCACAAAGAGCAGAUCCAGCGUUAGCAACUUGGCAUCAUAACUUUAUGCAUGUGAAAACUACUGGAGUUUAUUUUCAACUGUUGAUGCAUGUGCUGAUAUGCUAUGGGGAUGAUUCAACCAGAAAAACUGUGACCCCCCCCCCCCCACCCCUCCAAAAAAAGAUAAAUAUUACAAUUGUAAUAUAAAAUGAUUUUUAUUUUCCAAAACUAUUGCCAAAAAUAUUUUGACUAAUAUAUACUGUGGUUCUUUCUUUCCCUACAUGCAGUCCUCUGUGUAUGCUUGUAUAUUUCUAUAUAGAAGUGCUUUCCUAUAGUUUUGUUUAUAACUGAUUGCCAUGCAGUGGUUUACAUAUUAUACGACAUAUAGUACUGUGCAAAAGUCUUGAUCCAUCUGUCAGUUCUUUAUAUUUUACUAGGAAAAUGGGACGUAGGUGCAGUGAUUUAUUGAAACAUAUAGGAACACAUGAUAAUUCAGUACAUAAGGUAAAAAUAGAAUUGUAAAAUUAUAAUAAGCUUGAAAUUCAAUAUUUAAUAUAAACAUGUUUAUUCUUUGUUAUAAUAAUAAUAAUAAUAAUAAUAAUAAUAAUAAUAAUAAUACUGUUGUGUGGCUCAAAAACUUUUGCACAGUCCUAUAUAUGAGGCUUUUGUCAAUGCUGUUUGGAAAUCAAAAACCAAAUAAAUGAUCAAACCAUUAUUGUCUUGCUAUAUUUAGUCAGGCGGUACCAAGGGGCCCAAGUAUCUUCUGGAUGGAUGGAUGUACAGAUGGCAGUAUGCAUCCAUGCUUUUAUGUUGUUUACAAAAUUCUGACCCACUAUCUUAAUGUCACACUGGAAACUGAGACUCAUCAGGGAACAUUUUUCCUGCGCAAUGUAGUCUCAGUUUCCUUUUUUCAGCUGACAGGAGUAGGACCUACUGUGGUCUUCUGCAGCUGUAGUUGCUUUACGAUUCCAUGUUAUGCAUUCAGAGAGGCUCUUUUGCAUACAUUGGCUAAAAGAAGUGGUUAUUUGAGUCACCGUUGUCUUCCUUGAAGGAGUCUGACCAUUCUCUUGUGACCUCUGCCAUUUUCAGCUGGAGAACUGCCGCUCACUGGAUAUUUUCUCUUUUUUUGUCCAUUGUCUGCAAAUCUUAGACAUGUUUAGGUGGGAAAAUCUCAGUGGAUCAGCAGUUUCUGAAAUACUCAGACCACCCCAUUUGACAUUAACAACCAGGCCACGGUGUAAGUUCUUCAUGACAGUUUCUACAUGCCUAAACACAAUAAGUUGCUGCAUUGAAUAUUUGAAUAUUCUUAUUUGUAUAUGUUUCAAAACUUAAUUAUUUAGGCGAAAAUAAUUAUUUAGGGACAUGGGUAAGUUUAUAGUCUACAAAAAGGUAUGCAGUCUAAAACAUAUCACACAAACACUUUAAUGAAUGUGUCUUUUAAUUCAAAACAUCAUACUGAAACACAUUCCCAAGCAUUUAGGUCAUUUUGCCCUUUUUUGCUUCCUUUUUUUAGUCGGUAGAUAAGAAUUAGUGUGCCGAUUUUGUCUUAUCUGCCAUCUGUUCCUGUGAGGGUCCCAUGAUGGGGAUUACACUGACUGAACUAAUCCAUCCCAAAGAGACAGAUUAUUCCCGAGACUGUUUAAAUGCAGUUGUAUGGGAAUGAUUCAUUCAGCAGGGGACAUUUACUGGGAAGAAAUAAUGAAGCUUUCACAGUCAUUAGCAAAUAGUAUAACAAUUUAAAAGCGAGUAAAAUAAUAUUUUUUGCCAAAAUGAAGGGAUAUGAAGUAAAAAAAUUAAUAAUAUUAAUAAAACUUUACUAGUAAAUAUUUUAAAAUAAAGUUAAACCUAUAUUGUAGAGAUAUUUGUAUGCCACUAAUGGCAUAUUGCAAUAUUAUUAGUCAUCCAGUCAGAAAGAAGUUUUUUUUUCUGCAACUGUAACAAAGUUCUAUAACACACAUUAUUUGUCAUCACCAGCCUUGAUAUUAGUCUUUAGAAACUUAACCAUUACAUGUAAGUCUGAAAGAUGAAAGAAGCCUUUGUCACAUGCAAGAACUCACAUGCUGUUCUUUUGUUAUGCAACAGAAUUAGCAACUAUAGAGGGAUUUUCAAAAGUGAAAGAUGUCUAAUAUGGAAAGUGGUUGAAAAAUAAAUCUCUGUUUACUAU